CUUGUAUUCUACAAAAGUUCAAGAUGAUGGGUAGAACCAUGAAUCAAAGCGCAGGUUUAAUUUUUUUAGUCAUAUCUACCGUCAUAUAUAAAAGGGGAGGCACAGUCGGACUACUUGGGAGACAAGGACAAUCCAGAAGCAAUGUCAACAUGACGGAUCUUUAUGACCUGCUGAACACCACUGGUUGGAUAUGGAUACAUAAGGUAUCCGUGAAUGUGACCACUUAUUGGUCAUCUAUAAAAUGCGUCAGCUACCGACCGUUCAACUUAACUAACACUAGCGUCGUCUUAUACUACUAUUUGUUCAACGACAAUUCAGGCAUAGCGAUAAAACCUAUAUGCUACUUACGCCUUCGCAGGUUAGGGAAAUACGUGCACGCUAACUUGUCAUACCAUAACAAGCCGACUAUGACUGAGGACUGGAAUUAUGGAUAUCGAGGUGAAAUUUCCAGCCAAUAUCUCCUUAAGAAAAAACUGCGGUACUGGAACAGCACCGAGAUGUGUGCCGUUUUCAAAGUAAGGCGCAAGGACAUCAUAAUGUCAAGCAGUGAAGAAUUCGAUGAGAGAAACGGGCAACCAUGGUGCGAGAUACAUGUGCGAAAUUCUGCACUAGCACAAAGCAGAAAUUUUACCACGUGUGAUCGAGCUGCCAAAAGAUACUGCAAAAACAUCGAGCCGAACAUCACACUUAUGACUUAUUCAUGCCUUACAAUUGUUGACUCAAACGAUAAAGCAGAAAACAGAAAUGACGAGAGUCAGGAGAGUUCCGAGAGUUACGACAGUGAAGUUAGGUAGCGCUGAAGUGUUACUGAAUGAGACAAAGCUACACACGCAGUUGUGAUAUGCGUUCUAGAAAUAUGAGAAAUAAAGUUCUGCCAAAUA